AUGUCUUGUGAAGAGUUUACAAGGAAGGUACAGCUCAGCAAAACGAAAGUUUCCCUUCCCCCGCGACCGAAGGUGCCGGUGCUCUCCCUCGCGUCAGGACAGGUGCCAGUGUACGGGCAAGGCGCGCAGAUCUGCAACAUCUGUCUGACCCGCAAGGCAACAGUUCGCUCCCCCCGAGAGCGGGCACUCCAGGCUUCCGUCCUCCAGAGGUCCUGCUCAAGAUACCCACUGCAAAACCACAGCGGUGGACAUCGUGGCUGCGGGUGUGAUCAGGCUGUGUAUCCUGAGCGACUGCUAUCACGUUCUUCCGUUCACACUGACGAUAUCUCUGCCUUGUGUGAAUCAUCACUGUCUUCUGUCUUCGGGACGACAGCCAUAACCACUCUAGCGAAAAAGAUCGGCCGCAAUGUGGUCUGCAGUGAGAAGCGGAAGCCACUGAACCUGCUGCGAAUCUUGUGCGAGAGCCUGAGACAGCGCAAGACUAGCGGCAAACUGCCCAAGGCUGACCAACCGUUGUGUCAGGAUUGCCACCACUCCAACACCCUCGAGCACGGCUGCCUGUGUGAGGACAAGUGUAGGCUCGACCUGUCCUCCAGCUACUUCCCCCGCUCUGCGUUCGACCUGCUCGCCAGACUCCUGGACGUCGACCCUGACACUCGGAUAUCAGCCGAGGACGCCCUGCAACAUCCCUUCAUUACAGAGACCUGA